AUGAAGCGCUUUGCCCUUUCCACAUUGUCAGGCCUGUCUUUCCGUUCUUUUGUGGGACUUCAUCAUUGCCGACAAGAAAUUAUUUCUCCCGUUAUUGUUUCUUCUCUCCAUAAUACUCAUAGUAACAACAACACCAAUAUUUCAUCAUUAUCAUUGCAUCAAAAUGGAACGAAUAAAUUUUCUAUCAAUUUAUGUGCAAAGGAUUCCUUCACCUCCACUUUGGAUCCAUACUUUGACCGUUUGAAGGCUGAAAACAAGAGCGAAACCGUUCCUAACUACAGAACACCAACACAUACUAUUCACUAUGUCAUCAAUACUCUCAACGAGAUGGGAAGAGCAACAUCAGCUGACUUGUUCAAAGAAAUUAAUACAAAGCAUCCCGGACUUCUUGCUAGUAAGAGACACCUGAAGAAGCUCCUCACAAUUUUAAAAAAAGGAAACAAUGUUGCAGCAGUUCAACCACUAAGAGGUCAAUUAACGAACAAGAAAGUAUCAUUUGAAUAUAAAUUAACAAAACACAUGAAAAGACAAUUACAGAAACCAGCUAUGGCUCCUGCAGAAACUAGUGUUACAACAGAAGCUUCUUCCUCAUCUAAUGAUUCUCUAGAGGAUGAGCUUUUCAACAAGACCAUGGAAGCUGUUCAAAAGGGAAAUCAAUAA